GUACAAGCCAUUCAUUCUGUCGUACAUGUAUUGUUCCUCCAGUGAGCUCAUUUUCCGUGUACUUUGGAGCCGGAUCGUCCUCAACCCUAGCCUUUCCCUCUGAUCCGUCUCCUCUCUCCUUUCGCCCCGUUUCCCUCCGCUUCUCCUUCGACACCCGACCUCAUCCAUUCUUCUCCCUCGUCGCCGCCGCCGCCGCCGCCGCCGCCGCGGCCACUGCCGCCGUUCACCUUUCCCCGUCCGCCUCGGGUGGCCCGGAGUCGAGCAACGAAGUACCCGGCUCCUCGUCCCACUUCGUGCGAACCCGUGUUUUCUCUUCGUGGUGAUCCGAAAGAGGGUUGGCUCGUGCUCGCGGAUCAAAAUCAAUCAGAUGUUGAGUUAUGGAUAUGCUAAACAAUGAUAGGAUGUAUUCCAAGGGAAAGUUUGGAAGAGGGCCUAGGGAGCUUACGGGUGCUGUUGAUUUGAUAAAGCAAUACAAGUUGUCAGCACUCCAUGAUUUUUUUUGCAAAAGAACUCUUCCUUCGUCGAUUUCAGACACACAUUAUCUCCACAAUGUUGUAGGAGAGACAGAAAUUCGAAAGGGGGAAGGCAUGGAGCUGGGUCAGCUCUUUCAGAGUGCUCCAUACCUGAGAGAGACAACAUCUCAGAUUCAACAAUUUGACUUGGAGAUACUAGGGCAAGCAUUUCAGCUGCGAGACACAGCCCCUAUUGACUUGCCUUCAUCAGAAAAAGGAAUACCCACCAUUUCUGGGAAAUCUAUUGGAGAUUCUAAAGGCAAGGAGAGGAAGCACAGAAAACACAAGGACAAAGAUAGAGAGAAGGACAAGGAGCAUAAGAAGCACAAACAUCGCCAUAAAGAUCGCACUAAAGAUAAAGAUAAAGAGAAAAAGAAGGAUAAAAGUGGACGCCAUGAUUCUGGUGGCGAUCAUUCAACGAAGCAACAUGAGAAGAAGAGGAAACAUGAUGGUAAUGAAGAUUCUGUAGAUAAUCACAAGCACAAGAAGACUAAGCAUAAGAGUUUAAAGAUUGAAGAAGUUGGAGGCUCAAAAGUUGCAAGCUGAUGAAAGUUGAUCUCUUCUUUCAGUGUCUUACUGUCAAACAUGCUGGUGGAGAAGAAUAGUUCGAAGGAUUUCUUUUCAUGCACCAGAAUUCUUUGAGGUAUACCUGCUUCUUAUCACCGUGAUAACAUUACCAAAGUGUCCCUUUUGAUAAACCAAUUCGUAUAUUUAGUCUGAUAUGAUUUGUUACAACAAACUCAUCUGGUUUCUGUGUCAUGAUUGGACUUUGUCUACUAUCAGGAUUCAUACCUGGCAAAAAAAAGGCGUAUCACCUUCAUUAGAAUUAUCAUAUCGAUGACUUAUCCUAAGGGUGCUGUGGCAUGUUACUCUAACAAUGGGUCAUGAUACAAGUGUUCUAUGGCAUCUAUGGAUAUGUUUGUAUCUCUUGCCAUGUAUAUUAUCAUUCUCUCUUUAUGGUCUAAGAAAUUAUCAGUCUCUCUCUAUGUUCUAAGAAGUCGAAACAAAAUUAUUUAAUUGGAAAUCCACAAUCACAAUCAAAUAGUGGAUUGCCAUUUGUGGCAUGUAAACAUGGACUUUUUGGCAUGGCAAGAAACCGUGCUUGAAAAGCACAUGCCAAAAGUUAGCAUCGGCAUGUCUGUGCAAUGUUAGCACCUUAGCAUGGGUCAGCAUAGCGCAUGCCCUUCGGACAUGUGUCAGUCAGCACAGCAACCGUUGCCACCACUCAUGCUUUCAAGUUUAUAAGGGUGAAUACAUUAAAAUAAGUGUGCAUUUCAGUUGGUGAGUGGAGGCACAAGUUUUUGUUUCAAUAUCUUUUACUAUAGGUCUAUUUGUUAACCUAAUGCAUUGCUUGACAUGUUCUCUGCAGUUUGCAAGUAUUCACUUAUUUACUCUGAUGGUUCCACUCUCAUAUAACUUCAGUUGAGGCCAAGUCCCAGUUUACAACUGAAAUAUAUUCUGAGCGGAGGAUCAAUGCUACAUGAAGUGCAGUCAGGAUCUAAAUCUUGAAUGAAAGGCUGAAGUAAUUAGCUUUGACCAUAGGAGAAAAAGAACUUGCACUACAUGUGCUGUGUACCAGUCACAAUGCAUGAGAAAAAACAAUGUUUGCUAUGAACAGCAGCUCAAGGGAGCAAAGGAGAUUCUGUAUCUUGAAUCCGUUGAAGAUGAUGACAGAUGAUAUAUCCACAUAUCUUUUCGCGUUAAGUGGAUAGGCACUCCUUUUCUGUCUCUGGUUGCUAGUUCUUCAAUUUCUUCCAGGGAUUUUUUUUUUCUAUUUCUUUUCAGUGUACAGUUUUGUUAUUGUCAAUUCUUUUGUGAUUUCAAGUAGCUCAAUUUUGGAGAUACUAUGGAUUUAUGAUUGCCAAUCCAUCCUCUCUGACUAGAGGUGAAAUUUUUUUUAUUUUGUCUGACUAGAUUCAUGGUUGUAAAGCAAAUUUAUUACGGUACAAAUUCAGAUUUAUGAUUUUGUCGGAUAA